AUGAGCAUGUUGAGACGAGCCAUCACACAGAGGCACGACGUCUUUCGUCGGAGCAUGGCGGGCGCUUGCCGCUACCUACAUCUUGCGCCCCCGUUCCUCCUGGACGACUACACGCCCCGUUAUAUGGCCUUGACCUCCAUCGAUGAAUCCAAAAAGCGAUCAAAGGCCUACGCUCAUCUUUCCAAGUGCAACCUCUGUCCGCGACUUUGCGGUGUCAAUCGUUUCGAGACGACUGGAAUGUGUCUGAUUGGCAAUGACACCAAGGUCAACCGUAACGGCCAAGACUUGACACCCGAAGAGCUGGGUGAAUGGUACGUUAAGCUACAGCAAAUCGGCCGCGUUCACAACAUCAACCUCAUUACCCCGGAACAUGUCGUUCCCCAGGUUGUCCUCAGCAUCCUGCAUGCGAAAGAGCUAGGCUUGCGAGUGCCAAUCAUAUACAAUACUUCCAGUUUUGAUUCGUUAGCGUCCUUGGAGCUACUUGAUGGCUUGGUGGAUAUUUACCUACCUGACUUCAAGGUAUGGGAGUCGGCGACAUCCAAGCGGCUGCUCAAGGCAGACGACUAUGCCGCCACGGCUCGCGAGAGCAUAAAAGCAAUGCACAAUCAGGUCGGUGAUCUGUGCUUUACUGGAGAUGGCAUCGCCAAGAGCGGCCUCUUAGUACGCCAUCUUGUCAUGCCCGGAAAGGAAAAAGAGGGACAUCGCAUAAUGCAGUUCUUAGCUGAGGAAGUUUCCAGAGACUGCUUCGUCAACAUUAUGGAGCAGUACCACCCAGACGCGCACGUUGGCAAGACCAAGAGACGGAACAAAAAGAGCACCGACACUCAGGACGACGAGCUCCGCUAUAGCGAAAUCAACCGAGCCGUAUCGGGAGACGAGGUAUCCUCGGUCCGAAAGGCUGCGGAAACGGCUGGUCUUUGGCGGUUCUGCGAUCCUCCUCGGCACGACGGCUUCAACAUCUGA